AUGUCACUUUUUAAAGUUUGUACAUGGUGGAAAACUCAGUGCACAGAUGUUGAAGAAAAUUAUGAUUCAGCAUCAUUAUUAUGUUGUCGUUUUGGAUUAAUUGAUAACGAAAAAGAUUUUAUUAUUGUUGGUUCACAUAAUGGUAAUUUAAGUAUAUUUUAUCCAGAAACUACCUAUGAAACACUAGGUGAAUUUAAACCAACUGAUUUAAUACUUGAAACGAAAUUCGAUAAUCCUGUUAUUGGUUUAUUAUAUGGAAAAUUUUCAGGAUCACAACGAAACGAAAACACAAAUCAAUUAGGUGUUUUACAUUUAUCAAAACUUUCAAUAUAUACUUUAUUAAAAAUGGAUGGUGUUACAGAUCAAGGAAAUUCAUAUCGUCUACAACCAGUCACAGAACAUAAAUUUAAAAUUCCAGCUUUUUCUGCAUGUAAAGGAGCAUUCGGAAAAAUUCAAGGAAGAGAUUUCAUUUGCAUAACACACAUGGAUGGUAAUUUGACAUUUUAUGAACAAGAUGGCAUAUCUUACAAUGUUGAAAUGCCAGGUUUUUCAUUGCCAACAGUGAUAAGAUAUAUUCCAAGAAUAGAUUCUUUUGUAAGAGUUAAUUUUUCAUGGGAAUUGGAAUGUUUCAGUUAUCAAAACUUAUCUCAAUAUAAUUCUUCUAAUAAUGAAAUUAAGCCAUCUUGGUCUAUUUGUCUGGGGGAAUUCAUUCUUGAUGUUACACAAGUGCAAGUCACUAACGAUAAGGCUGUUAUAAUGAUUCUUGGGGAACAUAAUCUAAUAAGUGUAAGUGAUGAAGGCCGUUUACAAUUUAUCCUUAAAUUAGAUUAUGCUCCAAAAUGUUUUUGUUCAUUUGUUGUUGGAUGGUAUUGGGAACCAAAUGCCAAUUUAAUAACAGCUGUUAUUUCAGACAGUUCAACUUUAUUAAUUUAUAAUGAUAUGAAAUUAAUUUGGGCAUCACAAUUAGAACAAAUUCCAGUUGCAAUUAAACGUUCAAAUUGCAGUUUAGCUGGUGCAAUUGUUACCCUUAGCGAAACUGGACAUUUAAAUAUUGGAUAUUUAGGUUCUGAACCAUUAACAUUUAAAGUUCCACCAUUAAAUUUACAAGAUAUGAAUUUUGAAAAAGCUCAUAAUGAAUUACUAGAACUAGAAAAAGAAAUAAAAAAUGGUAUCGAAUUAGAAGGAAUUGAUAAUAAAAUGGAAUCGUGCACAUUUGAAAUUUUAUCUGAUGAUCUUAAGGAUAAAAAUAUUUUAAUGUGUGCUGGUGGAGUACGUUAUAAAUCUAAAGAAGAUUUAGAACAAUUACAAAUUACAUUUUUAAUGUCAGAUAAAAUUCAAAGUUCAAAUUCUUUUACAACAAUUAACAAUGUUACAGCUGGAACAUCCGAAAUGAUUAAUACUUAUUUUUAUAUAACAGAAAAUGUAAACAUAUCUACUUUAAAAGUUGAAGCAUUUGUAUCUUAUAUAAAUAAACAAGGUAUCCCAAGAGUAUUACGAAAAGAUGCAUAUCUACCAUUAAAUUUGUUUUAUAUAGAAUGCUCACCUCAGAAAGAUGCUGCUAUUAAGUUAAUUAUAAGUUAUGUGAAAGACACUAGAUCUUCAAAUCAUAAGUUAACGGGAAUUUUUUCUAAUUUUUUUAAAAGAAAAACUGACGUUUCAAAUGUUCAAGCGAUUGGAUUACGAUUAAUUCAUACAGAUGCCGUUGUAACUGUGGUAGCGGCUAAAAAUAAUCCAAAUAGAUUCAGAAUACAAUCGGAUAACCUUGAAGCAAUUCCUGCCGUGUUAGAAGCUAUGAUAAAUUAUGCUAAAAAUUUAGAUGCCUCUUUAAUAACAGCAACUUUAUCGGACGACAUGCUGAUGAUGAAAAAGGAUAUUAUAAAAGCUGAACGUAAUAAAAUUCGUAACCAAUAUAAUCGAAAAGAUAUUCUAAUGGCGCCAUCAAUACCAUAUGAUGAAAUAAUCCAUAGAAUUGAAAAUCAUCAUGAUAUUCAAAAAGCGUUAAGAAAACAAACUUUACUAAUGGAUGCUCUUUGGAAUCAAUUUAAGUUAUUUCAAACGUCCUUGCAAUCAAAAAGAGAAGAUGAACCCAUUGAUGGUUUAAUGAUGUUGAUCGAAAAAAACUACGAUGAUUUAGUUACUGAAGGGGAUAAAUUAAUUUCAUUGAGAAAUAUGGAAUAUGGGAAAAAAUGCAAUUUAUCAUGUGCAAUUGCUUUAACUAAUCUAAUUACAAGCAAUUUGAAUAUUGAAAAGAAAAUAAUUGACAUUGUAACAUCAGUUUUAUCUUAUCCAAUAGAAGAUUGGCUCGAUAAGAGUUGGGAAGAGACCUUGGAGCAUUCAAUUACUAUGUUACAUCAUCAUCAUUAUUUACAAUACUCAAAUAAAUCAACAAAUAAGAUUACUGAUAUUCCUACAUUUUCGUAUAAUACAAAAUGUUCGGGAAAUUUUGAAUUUGAUAAAUUUAAAAAACACUUUAUAACACUAAUUGAACGUUUACAUCGUUUAGCAUCUAGUAAAAAUGAUUCUCAAUUAAAUAACAAAUCCAUUGAAAGUUCAGUAGUUAAUAAGCAGUCUAAUAAAAUCACAAAAAAUGAUUCCAUAAAUGCUAUUACUAAUAUACCAGAAGAUGGAGCGAGUGAAGAAAUAGAAAAUGACAAAAGUUCUGUUGAAAUUACUGAAAAUGAAGAAAAGGAAAGUAGCAGUGCUGACGAAGAAAUUGACAACACUGCGAAUGUAAGCGAUUGGAUUUAUAAAGGAUUACCUUCCACUGAAGUGAUGAUGAUGGAAAAUAUGUCAAAAUAA